AUGGCUUCGAUUGCGCGGUGCCUGAGGGUCGCCCGGCCCGCGGUAUUCUCUGCCAUCGUUUCGGCUCCUCGUACAAUCGGCGCCCGGUCCUUUUCCGUGACCGCUACAAACGCGAUAAGGAAAUACACAAAGGAACACGAGUGGAUCGAUCUUUCCGCUGACAAGAAAACGGGCGUUUUGGGCAUUAGCGAGUACGCUGCCAAGGCGCUCGGCGACAUCGUCUACGUCGAGCUGCCGGCCGAGGGCAAGGAGGUAACGGCUGGUGAUGCCAUUGGUGCCGUUGAAUCUGUCAAGAGUGCUGCCGACAUCAACGCCCCUAUCUCCUGCAAGAUCACUCAGGUCAACUUGGCACUAGAGGAGAAGCCCGGCACCGUCAACCAGGUCCCCGAAGACGAUUCACAUGGUGGCGGCUGGAUCGCAAAGGUGCAGGUUACCGAGCAGGGUCUGAAGGACUUUGACAAUUUGAUGGACUCCACCGCGUAUGAGGAGUUCACUGCGGCGGAAGGCGAGCAUUAA